UCUUUAAAAAUAAAAGCAAGAUCUAACGUUAAAUAAGAAGAGUUGUAAGAUUUUUGAUGAUCCUUAGGAUGGAAAAAUUCAAACUGUACAAAACCAAACUGGUAUGACCAUGAUCUAAAUCUUAGAAAUCAUACAUAUCAAGGUAAAAAUUAGGCCCUGAGAAGUCACAGAGGAGAAAAAUACAGAGCAGAAAGAUGAUGAAAUUAGAUGUUAAAGAGCAUAGAUACUAUGUUUCAGCGGCGGCCUUGUUCUGCUUCAUAUUUCUCAUGCUGGUCACCCCCACCAUUCCUCAAUCACAGGAAUACCACAAAUUCGCAGAUAAACGCAAUUUAUUCGGUGUGCCUAACACCUUAAACGUGAUUUCUAUCUUCCCCUUUCUAGUGAUUGGUGUUAUUGGAUUUGUCCUUUGCCUUCAUGGAAAUUACUUUGGAAUAAGUUUACGAGGAGAAGUGUGGGGUUGGAUAUUCUUCUAUGCUGCAGUUGUAGCCACUGCUUUUGGAUCAGCUCAUUACCAUCUCAAGCCAGAUGACGCUAGGCUUGUAUGGGAUCGUUUACCUGUAACUGUUGCAUUGACUUCAGUUAUGGUGAUAUUUAUCAUUGAAAGAAUUGAUGAACGGACUGGAACUGCUUUCCUCUUUCCUAUCCUAAUGUUGAGUACUGUCAGCAUUGCUUACUGGAGGUUUUUUGAUGAUCUUCGACCAUAUGCAUUUGUGCAGUUCAUUCCUUUUAUUGCAAUCCCAGCUAUGACUGUUCUAUUGCCACCGAAAUAUACUCAUUCUAUAUACUGGCUAUGGUCAGCAGGGUUUUAUCUCUUAUCCGAAAUUGAAGAAGCGGCAGAUAGAAAGCUUUACAAAUGGACUCAUUACAUCAUCAGUGGUCACACAUUGAAACACAUGAGUGCAGCGAUGGUUCCAAUAUUACUAACACUGAUGCUUUCUCGUAGAAGCAUCAAAAUUGAAAGGGAUUCUUGAUAAAGCUUAAUGUUGGCAAGAAACACAAUUUGAGCUCCUCAACUGGUUCAUGAGCUUAGUCUUUUUAUCUAAUGCCUUCACCAGUAAAGAUGCAGGAUGGAAAUCUUAUGUUUCCAGAAAAGGAUUAGUUCUGGUGGUGUGAAAUGGAAAGAAUACACGCACAUACACAAAUGUAUUUGUAUAUAUAUGUGUGUGUGUGCAUGCGUGCCAGUCAAUGUGUUAUUCAUAUUCGUUUAAAAAGAUUGGUCCUAUGCGUACUCAAUUCUGUAUUAUUCUUCUAUUCAGUGGAUAUUGGGAUGCAAUGUCCAAAUUUUGAAGAGAAGCACAUGAUUUUGUAAUGGGCAGAUCCUUAUUGUAAUGAGGGAGAACGCAAAUUUCAUGUCAUUGGUUUUCUUGUUCAAAGUUACAGGGGACACACUCUGCUAUCAGAGCUUUGUUUUUAUUGCUAAUAAAAUUAUGGCUAUAUAAGUCAAGAGGCUCUGUGGCCCUAUCACACUGUAUGCGACAGUUUUGAAGAGACAAACUUCAAAUGCGACAGUCCUAGAAAGUAGCAUAAUUUAAUCUAAUUACCAUUUGAAAUUU